AUGCAAGCACAAGCCGAAGCAAUGGCACAAUUUAGCAUCUACGAGGCCUUGGUUAUCGCCUUCAUCGUCGCGGUUGUCACCGUAUUUGCACAGGAUAGUGGGAUGGCACUAGCGGCGUCGCCAGACGCUGGAGCGACGUUUUCUCGGCCGAUUUUCGGCGUCGUGAUCGAGACUUCUCUCAUUGUCCUGUUCUUUCUGUUUAGACAUUAA